AUGCCGGCUUCAACAAUGUUCGCCAAAUUUAAAAGUGGUAGUGUACCUCAAAGCCCAUUAGAUAAUAAUCCAGUAUGCCAAUAUUUUGAAAUUGGUAAACAAACUGCUAGUGCUGGUCCAGAAUUAGUAUGGAAAAUUCAUGAUGCAUAUCGAAAAAGUGAUGGAAAGGAAUGUUCAGUAUUUUUAUUCGAAAAACGUUCAGCGGAAAAAUUACAUAAGCCAAAACGAAAAGAAACAGUGACAGAAAUAUUACGCGGCAGUGUACGACAAUUAGAACGUUUUCGUCAUCCAAAAAUGUUACAUAUAUUACAUCCAAUAGAAGAAUGUUCAGAUACAUUAGCAUUUGUCACAGAACCAGUUUUAGCUAGUUUAGCAAAUAUAUUGGCAUAUCAAGAUUCAGCGGGAAUUGGACCUGGCGGUGCACCAUCAACUGGAGCAUCCCACCAAAAUCAAGGACCAACACCUAAACCAACACAUGCGAAAGAAUAUAAUUUUUUGGAUAUUGAAUUGAAGUAUGGAAUUUUACAGAUUACAGAAGCCUUAUCAUUUUUGCAUUAUUCUGGUCAUGUAUUACAUCGAAAUGUAUGUCCAAGUAGUAUACUUGUCACAAAAAAAGGUACAUGGAAAUUAGCGGGAUUAGAAUUUACAGAACGUGUCAGUGACAUUGAUGGAGUUGAACCAGUUCCAUGUCAACCAUGGUCAUCUAGGAUAUCAAAAAUGGCUCAACCUAAUCUAGAUUAUAUUGCUCCUGAAAUGCAAACAACAUCAAUGUGUAGUAUCUUAAGUGACAUGUAUUCACUUGGAAUGGUGAUUUGUGCAAUUUUUAAUCAAGGACGACCGCUUAUACAGGCCAAUAAUUCUGCCUCCCUAUAUUUAAAACAAUUGGAAUGUUUGGAUGAUCAAGUACACAAUGUUCUUCCAAAAGUUCCAGUACCAUUGCAAGAAGCUACAGUGCGCUUAUUAAGUCGUGAUACUCGCCAAAGACCAACAGCCCAAUUACUAUCAUUAAUAAAAUAUUUUAGCGAUCCAGCCGUGCAUGCGUUACAAUUCCUGGAUGUAAUUAAUAUGAAAGAUCCAACACAAAAAAGUCAUUUCUAUCGUAACACAUUAAAAGAAGUCCUGAUUUAUGUACCAAAGAAAUUAUGGCAUCAACACGUUUGGCCAUGUUUACAACAAGAAAUGCGUACACAAGAAGUAUUAGCAGCAGUUUUACAACCCAUUUUAUAUAUGAUACAUGAAUCAACAAUUGAAGAAUAUGAAAAUAUAAUUCUACCAUCAUUUCGGAGUGUAUUUUCAACGCCCAAAUCCAUUCAAGCUACCGUUACACUAUUGGAGAAUUUACAUGUGAUAUUAGAAAAAACACCACGGGAUGAUAUACGAACUGAAGUGUUACCAAUGCUAUUUAAUGCAUUCGAAAGUACAACUAUUCAAGUACAGAGUGCAGCAUUAGUGGCUGUCACAAAUGUACAUGAAUAUUUAGAUGAAACAGCAAUACGCCGAAUGGUCUUACCAAAGACAAAAGUUGUCUAUGAAAAAAAUCAGGGUGAUUUAAAAAUCGUUGCAAAUGUCUUACAAUGCAUUGAGCGUACACUUGAUCGUCUGGACAAAGCACAAAUUAUUGAUGAAGUAUUGCCAUUAUUAUGGGAUGUUCGAUUAACCGACCCCGAAAUAACAUUACGAGUUGUGCAUAUUUAUCGAAUAAUGCUUAGCGAUAAAAAAUAUGGUUUAAGUGUAAAUUUAAUGGCAACACGUGUGAUGCCGUCCUUAUUACCACAAACAGUGAAUCCAUCAUUAAAUUUGGAACAGUUUACAAUACUAUUAGAAGUAUUACAAGAGAUGUUAGAUCAUAUUGAUCGUAAUCAACGGAAUAAAUUAAAAUUAGAUAAUUUAUCAUUACCAAGUCCAGAACGUCAUCGACCAUUACGUCAUCAAUAUAGUUCAGAUAAUAUGCAUGCACCACCAUUUAAUAUACCAAAUUUACGUAUUGAACAACGUAAAACAUCAUCAGCUGAAGAUAUGGCACGUAAAAAUUCUGCUACCGGAAUGUUGGGAGGUUGGUGGUUUGGAGCAUCGCCAUCAUCACCGGAUAGUAAUUUCCUGCGUGUAGCAAAUGCCUUCCCAAAUCGUCGUCUAUCCGACAACACACUAAUGACACCGAAGAUUCGUAUUGCACCUUCGUGUGCUAGUUCUCCAGGUGGUACUCCUGGUGGUGGAUUACCAAUUCGUCGACAUUCAAGUAUUGGACCGCAAGAACGACGUGGAUCAACCAUUAAUUUAUCACCGCCAACGGGUGGCAGUAUGCCGAAUACGAGUAGCAGCGUACCAUUCCUACUAAGCAGCAGUAUGCAGAGUAUACGAUCACGACGACCAUCAGCAGUAUUAAGUGGAUCGCAGGGCUCGGGAUUAUUACAACAAUUAGGCUCCGGCAUGUACUCAUUAUUUUCAUCUGCCAGAGAAUAG